AUGGUUGAUGUUGCGUUCUGGAGAUCGUUGGCUAGUAGAUGUGCUUUUAGUCAGGGGGAGCAUUCGUUAGCAGAUCUUACACAGAAGUAUGAGUGUGAUGUUUCUAAACGAUGUUUAGACCUCCAUGAAAUCUAUUGCUAUGUGUCUCUGCAUUUAGCCUCCCUGAUUUAUGAAGUUGGUAUGAUGUUGGCUGAUACACAACAACCUGCUUCAUAG